CAGGGAGGAGGUCUCACUCUGACUCAGACUCCGAGUACAGCAGCAAAACUUUUUCCGCUUAGUUGCGACCCGGUUCGGUUCUGUUCUGUUCUGCGCCAUCAUGUCCGGAGUCGCCUCCACUCUGGCCAAGAAGCGGGCCCUGGCCGCGGGGUUCGGAACCAACUCCAACGCGAUUCGGUACCUGAACCAGAACUUCGAGGCCCUGCGCGCGCAGUGCCUCUCCUCUGGGAAGCUCUUCUGCGACCCCACCUUCCCGGCCGAACCCGAAUCUCUGGGCUUCAACGAACUGGGUCGGAACUCCAGCAAGACCCGCGGAGUCACCUGGAAGAGGCCCACGGAGCUGGUCUCAAAGCCAGAAUUCAUCGUGGGCGGUGCCACCAGAACCGACAUCUGUCAGGGAGCGCUGGGUGAUUGCUGGCUGCUGGCUGCCAUUGCCUCUCUGACCAUGAACGAGUUUGUGAUGGCGCGAGUCGUUCCCACAGACCAGGGGUUUGGAGACAACUAUGCAGGAAUCUUCCACUUCCAGUUUUGGCAGUUUGGGGAGUGGGUGGAUGUGGUGAUUGACGACAGGCUUCCGGUUAAAGACGGGCAGCUGCUGUUCGUCCACUCGGCGGAAGGUCGGGAGUUCUGGAGCGCCCUGUUGGAGAAGGCCUAUGCCAAGGCGAAUGGCUGCUACGAAGCCCUGUCUGGUGGCUCCACCACUGAAGGCUUCGAGGACUUCACCGGAGGCAUCGCAGAGAACUAUGACCUCAACCGGCCACCGUCCAACCUGUUCCAGAUCAUCAAGAAGGCGCUGGAGGCCGGCGCUCUGCUGGGCUGCUCCAUCGACAUCACAAGUGCUGCAGACUCUGAGGCGGUGACUCGACAGAAGCUGGUGAAAGGCCACGCCUACUCGUUGACGGGGGCCGUGGAGGUGAACUACCGCGGGCGUCAGGAGAAGCUGGUUAGAAUGAGGAACCCCUGGGGUCAGGUGGAGUGGACCGGAGCGUGGAGCGAUGGGUCUUCUGAGUGGAGCCACGUCCAGGGGGACUGUCCUCACGCCAACUCAGAGGACGGAGAGUUCUGGAUGUCGUUCAGUGACUUCCAGCGUCACUACUCCCGAAUCGAGGUGUGCACUCUGACUCCCGAUACGAUAGAGGACGACUCCGUCAAACACUGGAGUGUCAGCAAGUUCGACGGCACCUGGAGGAGAGGCUCCACGGCUGGAGGAUGCCGGAACCACCCCUGCACUUUCUGGACGAACCCUCAGUUUGUGAUCAAGCUGGAUGAGGAAGAUGAUGACCCUGAUGACGGUGAGGUGGGCUGCAGCUUUGUGGUCGGUCUGAUCCAGAAGAACCGCAGGAAGCUGCGCCAACAAGGCGAGGACAUGCACACCAUCGGCUUUGCCAUCUACGAGGUUCCCCGGCAGUUCCACGGACAGAGGGAGGUCCACCUGGACAAGAACUUCUUCCUGACCCACGCUCAGACGGCGAGGUCAGAAACCUUCAUCAACCUGCGGGAGGUGAGCUCCCGCUUCAAGCUGCCACCUGGAGAGUACCUGGUUGUCCCGUCCACCUUUGACCCGCACCAAAACGGAGACUUCUGCAUCCGAGUGUUCUCUGAGAAGCAGGCCGAGACCGUGCCCUGUGAUGACCCGGUCAGUGCCGACCUCAGUGACGAGACGGUGUCGGACAGUGAGGUGGACUCCGGGUUCAGGAACCUGUUCACUAAACUCGCGGGAGCCGAUAUGGAAAUCUCUGCCUACGAGCUCCAGACCAUCAUGAACAAGAUCGUAGCCAAACGAACUGACAUCAAAACAGACGGAUUCAGCCUGGAGACCUGCAAGGUCAUGGUCAACCUGAUGGACGACGGCGGGAACGGCAAGUUGGGCAUCGGAGAGUUCGCCACGCUGUGGAAGAAGGUGCAGAAAUACCUGUCGAUCUACAAGCAGAACGACUCGGAUAACUCUGGAACCAUGAGCACUCCGGAGAUGAGGGUGGCCUUUAAGGACGCAGGUUUCUCCCUCAACAACACCAUCUACCAGCAGCUGGUGGCCCGGUACUCGGACCCGGACAUGACCAUCGACUUUGACAACUUCGUGGCGUGUCUGAUGAGGCUGGAGAUGAUGUUCAGGGUCUUCAGGAAGCUGGACGCCCACCAGAGCGGCUCCAUCGAGCUCGACCUGAACCAGUGGUUGAACUUCGCCAUGAUCUGAACCAGAACCGCUCUGCUUCACGCCAUCAGCUGCAGCUUCUCUCUCGUCGUAUUAUAAUCUCUCCUCCACCAGCCGACUGUCCCUCAACCCUUCUGCUCUGCAGGUCCAUUUGGACCGGCGCCACACAGAACCUGUUAGUCAGGCUUUUAUCUGCCGGCUGCUCUUUACCGGAUCAUUAAAGUGUUUCCAUGGCGAACGCA